AAAUCUUAUUGGCUGGCGGUGCAGCGCUACGGCGUCAGGUGAUUCAGUGCCAGCCACUACUCUCGCUAUUCCUCGGAGUGGAUAAAUAACUCGCUGGUCUCUCAACCCGGAUGCUGAGCCAAAACUAUUGAUGAUUUUGCCCAGUGAGCAGCGCUGUGGGCAGAGCAAGGGGGCGGAAAUAUUCCAGUACCCUUGAAGCGGACAGCUGCCACCGGAUCUACACUCUGCUGACCACCGGGCUCCGCAUCCGAGCCGGGACGGCAGGUGGAUCAUAAUUCAUACCAAACACAGGGGAGGGUGUAAUCGCCACACUGACUGACGGCAAACACGUCUCCUGCUCCUGCAAGAUCGUGACCACUUGCACGCCACUGAGGAGGUAGUGAAAGGGUGAAAAAGAGAGUGGAAGAAAGAGAAAGGGGGGGAGGAGAGAGGAGCAUCACUACAGAGAGAGAGAUGGCGGAGUGCGGGCGGAAGGCGCUGUCUCUCCUGGAAGCGGCCCGCUCCCGGUACGAGAGCCUGCAGAUAUCCGACGACGUGUUCGGCGAGUCCGGGGACGACAGCAGCGACAAUCCCUUCUACAGCACCUCCGGAGACUCCGACUCUGAUAACUACAUAGCCGAGGUAGGUGAGGAGGAUCAGCAGCAGCAGCAACAGCCACCGCAGCAGCAGCACCACCACCAUCACCACCAGAAACGAGGCGAUAAGGAGAGUGGACACAGCGGGGGGACAGGAGGUGGCAGCGCAGCAGGACCCCCCGGCUCCCUAUCCCGUAGUCAGGCAGAGGAGGAGGGCUGGACGGAGACUUUGCAGGAUGUCACGGUCCCGCCGUACAAUGAUACAUACGGACCUGCUCAAAAGAUGCCGGCCACCGCUACAGCCUUGGACUUUUUCCAACUCUUUGUCCCAGACAACUGCAUCCAAAACAUGGUCACUCAGACUAACAUGUAUGCCAAGAAGUUUCAGGAGCGGUUCGGCUCAGACGAAGGCUGGCGUCCCGUCACGGCCCAGGAAAUGAAAGCGUUCCUGGGCUUUGUCACCUCCACCAGUGUGCACCGCUGUGAGUCAGUGCUCAGCAUCUGGAGCUCGGGCUUUUUCAGCAACCAAAGCAUCGCCUUGAAGAUGAGUCAGUCGCGUUUUGAGAAGAUCCUCAAGUACUUCCACAUUGUGGCUUUCCGACCAUCACAAGGAAGCAACCAGGGCCUUUACAAGAUCCAGCCCUUCCUGGACUCGCUGCAGCAGUCCUUCAGCUGCACUUUCAGACCAUCACAAACACAGGUUCUUCAUGAGCCCUUGAUAGAUGAGGACCCAGUGUUCAUCGCCACUUGUACAGAAAGAGAGCUGAGGAAGAGAAAGAAGAGGAAGUUCAGCCUCUGGGUCCGACAGUGCACCUCCACCGGUUUUAUCUGUCAGAUCGCAGUCCAUCUGAAAGAUGGCCAGGGUACAGAUGGUCUGGCCACCUUGAAGAACAAACCUCAGCUCCACAGCCUUGUGGCUAAGCAGCUCUGCCAGAACAUUUCCGGAAAAAACGCCAUCAUCUUCACUGGGCCAUCCAUCACGAGCCUCAGCCUCUUCACAGAAUUCAGCAAACAAGAUAUCUAUUGCUGUGGUUUGCUUAGCACCAGGAAGAGCGACUGUACAGGCUUACCGCAAAGCAUGCUGGUCUGUGGCUCCACGCCUGCUCAGCGUGGCCAGUCUCGCAUAAUGAUGAAAGGCAGCAUGUCGCUGAUCAGCUGGUACAACAAAGGACACUUCAGGUUCCUUGCCAAUGCCUAUUCCCCAACAAAAAAAGGGCUGAUCAUUAAGAGGAAAAGUGGGGAGAUCCCGUGUCCUUUGGCUGUUGAGGCCUUUGCGGCACACCUCAGCUACAUCUGCAAAUACGACGACAAGUAUAGCAAGUACUUCAUCUUCCACAAGCCAAACAAGACAUGGCAGCAGGUGUUCUGGUUGAGCAUCAGUAUUGCCAUCAACAACGCAUACAUCCUAUACAAGAUGUCUGAUGCCUACACAGUCAAACGCUACAGUCGAGCGCAGUUCGGAGAGAGACUGGUCAGAGAGCUGCUUGAUCUAGACGACUGCUCCCCCACGCAGUGAGGAAGAGAAGGAGGAGGUUGAUGAAGACAGAAGGAGCUCACAACAAAAACACUUAACACAACCCCCCUCCCCCCACACACACACACAUACAUUCACGCUCAACCUUACAGACUUUGCAGUCUGUGUCUAUGUGAUAAUACUGAAGCAGUGCCAAGCCUAUUUCUCUCUUCCUAUAGUGGUUUUUGUGGCUCUGUAAAUAUUCAUUAACACACAACUGCAUAUUACACAAUAAUCGUGAGCCAUGAGACUCGACUGCAAUCAUUAACCCCGCAGAUUUACUAAGGAUUUGUCAACAGGAGCUUUUUCACAAGCAGAGCUGAAUGAUGGAACAGGAAAAGCAAGAAGAUUUCACUCCUAAAUGAUGUCAGCUUCAAGUUUUAACGAGUUAAAUUAUUUAUACAAGCCUGAAUGAAACUUCUGCACAAAGUGUCCAAACCCCAUAACCGUCAGGCUGAAAGGCUACAUGUAGCUCAAUAUUUACACUCUGCAAAAACACCUGUAACAAAGUCUUAGUAAACCAGGAAUAAGGUGUGUUCACACGCUGCAUGCGUUAAGAAUCUCGAUUGUGAUGUUUACUUGUUCGGUGUGAAAAUGAUUUCUGCUCCAGGUGAGUUUUGAAAAUUUGUACGUGUGUAUUUAGUAAGUGGAAACUGCCGUUUGUGUGUGCGACAUUGAGCCAGAGGAUGUAAAUGUAUGGCUUUUGUGACCCAGAUGUGUUGUGUUGCUGCAUAUUGUACCUAUGAGAGAAAGUCAGUCGCUAUAAAGCCACACCCAGCAGUGUGCCACAGCUCCACAGCCUCCCAGAAAAGACCAAAAAAAGUCUUUAAAAAGUUCCUGCUUCCAGUUUUUUUUAAUUGUAAUAAGUAAUAUGAAAUAAACGGCAAUAAAGUUAAAGCUAGGAAAACAUUCCUAGGUUUUGUUUUGUUUAUCAAAGAGUUUGCUUCUUGAACUCAGGUUAGCUGUGUGUGUAGGUGUUGAUUUUAUUUGACCACAGAAAUUAACAACUCCACAACUGUUACCAAAUAUUACCCAAUCUUGAUUGGUACACAUAUAUGUGACUUUUUCUGUAGGAUUGAAAGGCCUAUACAAAGGAAGCAAUUAAUAGACUAGUUAAUAAACAGGCAUUCAGGGUCUUUAACAACAACUCUAACAACAAAUGCUGUCACAUCUGCGUCCCGUUUUUGUACCAAGAACACUUUUUUUUGGCAGGAAACUCGUCAUAAUCAUGUGAUUCAUUACACUUUAGUGUACUUAGCUUUGCGAGGAAGAACAUGUUCAAAUCUCCUCGAUUAAAUGAGCCAGUGUUGCUAGGCAAUGAGUAUAAUCUUGGCCAAUGGACAGGGAUUUGGGUAAUAUUCCUUGGCCAAGAUUUAAGUCCAGAAAGUAAAAACUAAAUCACUGGUGGCUUAUAAAACGUCUUAACAAAACAAAUGUUUGAACAAAUUAUAUAUUAUUAUAUUUUCUCAGUUGUUUUUGGCACAUUUCACCAAACAUUAUUUCUCAGCACAUUUUUGAAAAAUGCACGUCCCAAAAUUUUACUCUGUCAGUGAAUAACUCUCUGUCCUCACAAAUCACACAAUGGUAAACCGAGCUGCUGAAAACAAAUUUUUCAUCAGAAUGACCGACUAGACGUGUGUUCCUAAUCUUUGUCAUUUCCAAAAUGUUUUUCCCAACUUUACAUAGCACAAUACAGACCAAAAAAAUGUCUCCCUUUGCAGGUUUUGCCUGUUUCUAACAACCUGCUGUCACACUGUAGCUCUAUAAAUGUGUUUUAUAGCACUCUUACACCUGAAUUACACCUUUUAUGCUAACCUGAUCGUGUAUCCCAUCGGUUGAUCUGAGAGGAAUGUGUUAAACCAAACACCAUGAAGCUUCUUACUUUGGAGCGGAAAACUAAAUAUAAAGAAAGCUGACCUGCCUCGAACAAAAAGACACAUACAGUUAAUAACUGUUAAAAAUUCGAGACAAUAGUGAUUAGUCAUCAGGCUAAAUGUGCUAAAUGAUUUGCAGUACGCCACCAGUUCACAACAUCCCACGCUAAAGAGUUUAGACACGACAGAAAGAAACUUUCUUAAAGCCCCUGAAAACUUUGUUUCAAAGUUGAUUUCAUGUUGUUUCAAUAUGUUCAACUGUCAAUCAGUAAAUGAGCCAAAAACACCCCCCCAGGCUAUAACACUGCUGUCUGUAGCUUUAACAAGGACAAGGUCAACACUUUAUUGUUGUGCUGAACCGUGUCAUGAAGACUGUAAGUGAAAGGUGUCGGUGCGUGCUUGCCCCAUCAGCAUGGUUCAAAGUGUGUAUUCAUAUACUGGUAUGAUGACAGUCUUUAUGCUGGUAAAGCAGAGUUGCUGAGCGAAUUGGUCCCACCCCCGUCACACUCUUGCACUUUGAGGAGAGCUAUAAAGUCAGCAACACACAUAUUAAAUAAUAAUUUUAUUUUGAUUUCAAAUUGAAAAAAUAAACGAUUCUCUGCUCUCACAGAUGAAUUUUGUAAAUAUUAGUAGAUACAUGAAAUAGAUUGUAUUAAAAGAAAAUACACCAAUGAUAUAUGAAUGAAAUUUAAUGACUGUAACCAAAACAGAGAAUUCUACUUCCACUGUAGAUUUAGAGAAAGUGCAGUACUGUACGUCUGUGUAUAUUUUGUUUACAAAUUACUGUGAGUGUAUGUCCAUAAUCACACUCUUACUGACACUCGAGAUUGUGAUUUCUUAUUAAUCUUUUUCACUAAUCCAAAGCAUUGUUGUCGCCGUUACUCUUGCCUGUGUGUAUGUGAGAAAAAGCCACUGAAUGUUGUAGCAUUGUUCACCCCGAAGUAACACUCUGAAUCUUAGCCGGCUCUUCUAUCGUGUCAAAUGUUUGUCAACUCCUCCUUCGAUUACAAUAUUUGAUAUCCACAGAUUUGUGUAGUUUGCCAUUCACUUGAAGUGUAUCAUAAUGUCGACAUGAAAUACAGACGUAGACACUGUAGAAUCAGUCUGCCACCGUGCUGCAUUCACUGGCAACACUCUCCGAGCUGAAACAAUGAAAGUAAAUUGGACCAUUAGAUGGAUUUUGUUUUAAUAACACAAAUUGUGCAUUCUGCAUCAUUUACACAGGAAAUGCAAAGCAACUCUUGCUACUGAUGAGCACUUGUGUUUCAUAGAGGGUUUUUUUCUAUUAUGCAAUUUUCAUUUUAACUCUUUAGGGAAUGAAGAAUUAAUUUCUAUACAGAUGAAUUAAAAAUCUCCGUUUCCAUUUUAUGCACAUUUUAAAAACGAUAAGAUUCAAUCAUUUGAGGUUUGACUGGAGCUCUUAAUUGUGUCAGCCUGCUCCUAUUUAAAUAAUCAAUUACUGCAGAGAUGUUAAUGCUAAAAAGUCCAGCUCUCUAUCAUUAUCCCUGUGCAGUAACUAUCUAAGUGAUUGUUAUGGGUCACUGUGUAUCAACACUACAUCUAUUAGUGUGAGUUUCUGAACACGUUUCAAGGCCAUUAAUAGAUGGACAAUAGACUUUUUUCUAAUAUAUUCGACUUAUCCAGUUCACGGUUGCAGCAUGGAGUCUGUCUCAGAUGUCAGAGGGUAAAAAAUGAGGUAUAUCCUGGGCAGGUUACCAGUCUAUUGCAAGGGGUUAAUUUUAUCUGUUAAUAAAUAAUAAUAAAACAUCCCAGUAACUGUCGAUAGAUUGCUAUUUUGGAGAAAAAAGUAAGGCUAAGCCCCUUAAAGCCGGAAAUCUUGACAUCUGAUUGGCAUUUAAAGCCUUAAAAAACUUAAACCAGAACACAGUGGGUCUUACUACAAACAUGUGAGUGUUUUGUGUCUUUUUACUUUUGAAUUAAGUCUGAUAUCUUCCAUUAAUGCUCAUACAUCUAGACAUAAUAUGUAGACGUGAGAAAACAAGAUGUUAAUGAUAAAGAAGGGAAUUCUGUGGAGCCAUUAGGUCAAAAAUAUUUGCCUUUCAUUUGAAUUCGUCAGGAAGAAAAAAUGUUGCCCAAACGUUAACUGCAUGUAAAUUAUUACAAAAAGAUAACCUGAAAUUAGUCAGACUCAUUUCAUGUGUGUUUGUGCGUUAUGUACCGGUUUAUCAUCUCCACACAGUGUCUCACAGAUGUCUGUCGCUAUCUGUGAGACGGAUGUAAUACUGAAGCAUUUUGAUGAGCGAUAGCUUUGGACAUGUUAAAGAUUUCAAGUGACUGACCUCAGGGCUUCAUGACUAAUUGCUGUACUAUAUAUUCACUCACACAAAUAGCAUAUAUACCCUUAUCAGGUGCUUUCAAACCACUGUAGAUUUAUUGCUCUAAUCAGGAGCUUUUUUGCAAGAGUUGUACCGCUAUUAUUUCCAGAUAAAAUGUCAGAAAUAACAAUAUUACUAAACACCAAAAUGUGGUAAAAAUGUUCCGCUUCCCAUGAUUCUGGAUUGAAAUGGUGGCUGCAGGAUGUGGCAUAAGCGAUUACUGUGGGCUAAGUGUUAUCUAGCUUCACAGAAGUGCCAGAAGGAUGUGUGUAUGUGCAUGUAAUGUUAAAGCUGGCUGUGUUUGGAAAAAAAAUGUAAUAACCGGUGUAUGCUGGACCAAAUAACUUUCUAAAAUGUGUGUGGUGAUGAGCUGUACAACGUUGUCGUGUAAAUGUGUUUUCAUUAAAACACCACUCAUAAGUGCCACA